GGCAGGUGGGGGGAUGAUUUAGCUCCGCACAGGGUUAAGGCCCUUUUCCAGAUACAGAUAACAGCGCCUCGCUCCUGGCUCGGGUUUCUCCCAAAUCACCUCCAAAGCAUGGUGUUUACGAGCCUACCUAAUCCGACACUGCAAUGGAAUCCCGGAUCUUUGCAGACAGAUAUCCCGGCUCUGCAAGUGUUUGAUCAGAUCCGCGGGGAACCUCUUCUUUUUUUUUUUUUUCCCCCAGUACGCCCGCUCUAGCGGUCCUGCACCCGACCUCCGGCCGCGCGCCCGGCCCGGUGCCAGCGCAGGACCGGCCCCUCCGGGUCCGAGGCCGGUGGGCGACUCGGGCUGCGGGCCGCUCCGCAACAGGUCACCCUGACCGCGAGACUGCAGGUCCGCAGGCGGCCGGCUGGGCGGCCAGGCUUCGGGGGCGCAGCUGCGAGGGCCGGGGAGGGGGUGUGGCCCGGCUCGGCGGGUCCCGGCUCCCGCUCACCUGAAGCGAGGCUGAGGCGCCGCCGGGCGCCAGGGCAGCGCGGGCGGAGGCCGGGGGCUUCCGCCACCCAGGAGAGAGCGAGGCGAGGCGGGCCCGGAGAGCCGCCGCGCCCCCGGCCUCGGGACAGAGACCCGGAGCGGAGACCCCCAUGGCCGCCUCCGGACGCCGAGAGCGAGCCGCCGAGGGAGGCGCGGCCCUGGGUUCCCAGACGCCGGGCCCCCGCCUUCCUCAGCCCGAGCCCCGCAGCCCUCCCUCCGCGCCGAGGGCAAGCAGCCCCGGGGCCCGCGGCCGGGAGAGCAACACACCGCAGCGCCCGGGCCGCCGCCAUUCCCCGCGCCGCCGCCGCCGCUGCGGCUCCGCGCUGCCCGGGGUGCGCAGCGCACCCACCUUCCCUCCCCCGCACCGCCCGCCGAGGCCCCGCACCAGGCCCGCGGCGAAGGCACCGACCUGUGCAGCCGCGGCAGACGCCUCGGAGGCUGGAAAGACGGCGCCGGCCUCCCGCUCCGCCGCUUUGCCGCCGCCGCCGCCGCCUAGGCUAG